GCCAAAGAUACUGGUAUACAGGAGGAAAUGGAGAAGACCCACCUGAUUCGGUGUUCAAAGGAGGAAAUGGAGAAGACCCACCUGAUUCGGUGUCUAGCGAUCAACCCACAUGCCCUCUAUGUAACCUACAGGAGGAAAUCUGGCGAAGCACCUUCACAGAUUAGGAGUAUACAAUCAAAACACCUUCACAGAUUGAGAGUAUACACUCAACCCACAUAUACUCUAUGUAACCUACAGGAGGAAAUGGAGAAGUCCCACCUGUCUAUCAUACAGGAGGAAAUGGAGAAGACCCACCUGAUUCGGUGUUCACCAGAGGAGGAAAUGGAGAAGACCCACCUGAUUCGAUGUCCAGCCCUAAAGACAAGUACGGAAAGCCAAAGAUACUGGUAUACAGGAGGAAAUGGAGAAGACCCACCUGAUUCGGUGUUCAAAGGAGGAAAUGGAGAAGACCCACCUGAUUCGGUGUCUAGCGGAGGAAAUGGUGAUGACCCACCUGAUUCGGUGUCCAGCUCUAAAGACAACGCAGACCCACCUGAUUCGGUGUCCAGCUCUAAAGACAAGGACGCACCUGAUUCGAUGUCCAGCUCUAAAGACAACGACGGAAAGUCAGAGAAACUGGGAAGCAAGAAGACGGCUAAUGUACUGCUAUUAAUAAACUGCUAUAAAUGUACCCCUACCAUUGGUGGAAGCUGA